AAUCCGCAGAUGGUCCGCUCCCCACCCACCACCACCACAGCGGUCUCUCACACCGAUCACUGCCCUAUAGUACCGCUGUCCGCUCUGGUUAUGUGCGCACGCUCAGCACUUAUCUCCGCGUUCGCUUGCUCUUAGCGUGCGGAAGAGAGAGUAUAUAGUACCCGCGUUACGUGCAGCGCGACGUCGACGACGACUACCUCGACAACAUCAACAACAACAGCGACGGCGAUAACGACAACGGUACAUCAUAACAACAACAACAACAACGCGUAUCAACGUCGCGCGCGUCUUCCCCGUUUGUGCGUUCCAGCGGCGGUCAGUCCGUCGUAGCACAACAUUGGACCCAUUCGCACGCACGCGCGUUAGCGACCGCACUCCAUAACAAUAACAACAACGCUCAAACUACGGCGCAGAUACCGUGUGCAAACCGCGACCACCGAUCGCCGGCGUGCGGCCGUUUCGUGACGGACAACACCCGCGCGGUGCCGGAACGAUGUGCGCCCAUCGCAGGUCCGCGUAACCGAUACGGAUGUGCCGUCAUUUCCCCGUCGACUCGUAACACGCGCGCGCGCUCUUCCCCGCGUACGAUGACGUUCUCAUCAUCACCGCCACCAUCGUCGUCGUCGUCGUCGUGACGGCGCUUGGUACUACGACCGCGGGUUUCUUCUCGCUCCUUUUCAUCUCGCCGGACGUCCUCGACAUUCCGCGCAAACGGGAUGGAAGUCGACCAGCCGACAGUAUUCGUCUCCACCGCCGUUGCAGUUACUUUCACGGUGCACCGAUCCUGAUCCAUCCCGUCCAACUGGCCGUGGAGCCUUCUGCAAAGACAACUUCACUGUUUAAUAGUAUCAAAAUGGCUUCUCAAGUUGAUUACCAAUGGGCCUACACAAUAAUGGAUUCAUCGCGAGUAUCAACGUUUUUGAUAUCCAUUCUAUUGAUUGUUUAUGGCAGUUUCAGGUCAUUAAAUAUGGAACAAGAAGCUCGAGAAAGAGAAAAAGAAAAAUCUAAGAAUUCUAACGGAAGCUCUGUGUGCUUAACAGAUAUUAGUAAGCGAAAACAAGAUGUUCAGACCUUGGAUACAAUGCAAGCAUUGUGUUUACCACUAGGAGCUUCUAUAUCACUGUUAGUUAUGUUUUUCUUUUUUGAUUCCAUGCAAAUGUUAUUUGCAAUAUGCACUGCAAUAAUUGCUACAGUUGCUUUAGCAUUUCUCCUGUUACCCAUGUGUCAGUACAUUAUUAAUCCUUGCUCGGACGGAAACAAGAUCUCAUUUGGUAUAUGUGGUCGUUUUACUACUGCAGAGCUUCUGUCUUUUUCAAUGGCAUUGUUUAUAGUUUGUAUUUGGGUACUAACAGGACACUGGCUGUUAAUGGAUGCUAUGGGAAUGGGACUUUGUGUAGCAUUUAUUGCCUUUGUUCGACUUCCUAGUCUAAAAGUGUCCACUCUAUUACUAACUGGACUAUUGAUCUACGAUGUUUUCUGGGUGUUUUUCUCAUCAUAUAUAUUUAACACCAAUGUCAUGGUCAAAGUAGCAACUCGAUCAGCAGAAAAUCCUGUUGGUGUGGUCGCUAGAAAAUUACAUAUUGGUGGAGUUGCUAAAGAAGUUCCAAGAUUAUCUCUUCCUGGAAAAUUAGUGUUUCCAAGUAUUCAUAAUGGGCGAUUUUCAAUGCUUGGACUUGGUGAUAUUGUUAUGCCUGGUCUGUUACUCUGCUUUGUAAUGCGUUAUGAUGCAUAUAAAAAAUCUCAGCUUUUACAUUUUGGAGAAACUGGUGUUCCACCUCCAAGACAUCUCAGUAAAAUAAGUUACUUCCACUGUUCACUAAUUGGAUAUUUCUUGGGCCUAGUUACUGCAACUGUAUCUUCAGAGGUUUUUAAAGCUGCUCAGCCAGCGCUACUCUAUUUAGUUCCAUUUACACUGUUGCCUCUUCUCACAAUGGCUUAUCUAAAGGGUGAUUUAAGAAGAAUGUGGAGUGAACCAUUCAUAAUACAACAGCCUUCCAAACAUAUGGACGUAUAGUCUGUGGUAGCAUUUACUAUUAUUACGUAAAUUUAAUUUUAGGAUCAUUUUUGUACAAAUUUCUCCUAUGAUUAUUUUUUUAGAUAUAUGUAGAGUACACCCAUUUACUUGAAGGGUAUAAAAAGUACGAUGAUAGAUCUUAUGUUUUUCUGAAAAUUUAGUUAUACUUUUAUUUUUAGUUCUUCUCCAAACCAAAUUUUAUUUCUAAAUAU